AUGUUUAAGUACGCAGUGACUUUUCUCGCCCUUGUUACGAUCUCCAUGGCUUUCCCAGCUAACGAUGAAGCAUUCGUACGUGUAGCAAGAUUUGCUUACCCCGAACCUCAUCAUCAUCAUCACGAUCACGACCACUACCACGAUCACGACCACGAUCACGACCACGGCCACUUUCACGAUCAUGGUCAUGAUCACGAUCACUAUCACGAUCACGAUCACCACCACGAUCACUACGGUGUCCAUCCUUACGAUGGAUAUGGAGGAUAUGGGCAGGGCGGCUUUGGUAAUGGCGGAUACCCUAUCGGCGGAUACCCUGUUGGCGGAUUUGGUGGCGCUAACGCUAAUGCUCAGGCUCAAGCUAGUUCCUUCGGUGUUGGCUUCAAAAGUCCCGGUCUAAUCGGUAACGGUGGUUACCCUGGUGGAUACGGUGUAUAUCCAAGUGGCUACGGAGUAAAUGGAGGAAACAGUGGAGCGUACGCUACAGCUCAAGCCAGCGCUGGAACGUUCGGCAGAAAGUAA